AUGCCCUUAUUUGGCGGGAAACACAAGACCCCACACGAGUUAGUGAAGAGUCUGAAUGAGAACCUGUCGACUAAAUCACUGGCCGACUCGAAGGAUGAAGCUUCCCUUAAGAAAUAUGCUAAAGUCCAGGAGGAGAUCUCUAAAUGUUUGUCGAGUAUGAAGUCAAUUCUGGCCUCGACUUCCGAUCAGGAGAGUCACGGGGGGUCCAGUGAAACUGUCAAUCAACUGGCCCAGGAGGUUCACAAUGCCAAACUGUUGCAUCUGAUGGUCGAAAAUUUAGGAAAAAUUGAUUUCGAGGGCCGCAAAGAUGUUGUAUCCAUUUUCAUCAGUCUGCUGAGAAGGCAGGCUGCCGGGAGCCAACGACAUCCAACAGUCGAUCACAUCUGCGAGAAUAGGGAUGUGCUGGAUUUGCUGAUGGUCAACUACAAAAACCAAGAGUUGGCCCUGAACUGUGGUGUGAUACUUCGCGAGUGCUUCCGCUACGAGGAGUUAGUUAAGCUGGUCCUCAACUCCGACAACUUCUACAAGUUCUUCGAAUAUGUCGAGGUCACGACCUUUGACAUUUCGUCGGAUGCUUUCCUUACGUUCAAGGAGCUGCUGACGAAACAUCGCGCCAUGAUGGCUCAGUUCUUGGAAGAGAACUACGAAACUUUCUUCAAAUCCUACCAUAGCCUCAUCAGUUCAGAUAAUUAUGUCACAAGGAGGCAGGCACUUAAGCUUCUAGGCGAGCUAUUGCUGGAAAGAAAUAACUUCAGUAUCAUGACCAGAUACAUCAGUAACCCAGACAACCUACUCAUGAUCAUGAACAUGCUGAAGGAGUCAAGUAAGAACAUACAAUUCGAGGCUUUUCAUGUUUUCAAGGUCUUUGUGGCAAACCCGGACAAGCCCCCGAGCGUUCAAGAGAUCUUACUCCGCCGACGCGACAAACUCCUCGAGUACCUGUCCAAAUUUCAUUCAGAGCGUUCCGACGACGAACAGUUCAAUGACGAGAAGGCCUACUUAAUCAAACAGAUCAAAGAGCUGAAGCCUUUGGAAGAUACCGCUGCCGUUUCUACGGCUGGGGGGCCACAACAUCAGGUUAGGAAGUAG